AUGGCAACAAAGGAAGAUCUUGAAAUUUUGAUCAAGCGCAACGCAGAACCUGAAGCCAACCCCGAGCCACAGAUCCUCGGCGGAAUCAUCGGCUCACUCACCAACACCAUUACCGGACUCCUCGGCGCUGUGGCUCAAGGGGCAUUAAACCCUGCAAACAAGCGUCCCGAACCAGGCUACGACUUCAUUGCACCUGGCCCCAAUGAUAGCAGAGGACCCUGCCCGGGUUUGAAUCUGCUUGCGAAUCACGGCUACCUGCCUCGUGACGGCCACGUCAACCUGGGCCAAGUAAUUGAAGCCACUGCUCGCGGGUUCAACAUGGGUCCUGAUUUGUCAACUAUCCUCGGUGUUUUUGCUGUCCUCACGGACGGAGAUAUCGCAACUGAGUCUUUCUACUUGGGAUCUGGCCCAGGGAAUGUUGGCGGAUUGAACAGGCACUCAACAGUCGAGGCCGAUAUUUCACCUAACCGAGAAGAUUUCUACAACGGAUGUGGCGAUGCUCACCACCUUUCAUCCCGUCUGUUCAAGCAGAACGUUGACAUCGUAGCGAAGAGCGGAACGAAGCAGUUUGAUCUGACCAACAUGGGUACACAAUACCAACAACUGUCCAUGUUCUCUCAGAAAAACAACCCUUACCUCUACUACUUCCCUUUCCCCUUGAUCGUCUCUCUUGGGGCUUUUGCCUUCUACCCUAACUUCUUCAGCAAUGGCACCUAUGGACUAGGAGGUGUUGCCAAUUAUGAGUCCAUCUCCUCUAUUAUCGGAGCCAAGUACGACUCCGCCACGGGGGAAUUCCAGUACGUACCGGAAACAUGGCCCGCCAACUGGUACCGUCGUGCAACGCCGUACACUGCAGUUCAGACAGUGCUGGAGGGUCUCCUCAUCUACCUCCGCAACCCUGUUACUCCGGCUGUUGCGCAGCUUGGCACAGGAAAUCUGAAUGCCACAACUCUGCUGUGUGAUGUUUACCAGGGUAUCAAUUCACUGGUGCCACUCUUCGUCGCCGGGACUACGGAGCAGGUGGCUGCCGCGACUACAUGGGCUAUUUCCAAGCUUGACCCCUACUUCGGCAACACCGUUCUCGGUUGCCCAACCAGCGUUCUCUCUCCAAACGGCCCUAGCAUCUUGUUCCCUAAUGCCAACCAGCAGGGCGGUCCGCUCAAUCCCCCUCCCAGUGUGGCCAAGCAUAUUGGCAACAACGUAUACUACAAGACGUACUUUACUUCGGCACCGGUAACACCGGCGUGCUGA